GUGACUGUAACACGGCCCAGAGCUCUCUGCUCUCCCUCGUAGUGUAUUUUUCAGCCCUGCCUCGGUUGCUUCCCUUCCCCUGUGCCGCCAUUAAAGCCCGUCAGCUUGGUGUUUGGAAAUCGGGGAACAGGACCAAAAUGAUUUAAAGCGUCCAAACCGACGGUCGAGGGACGGGACUGAUGGGGGGGAGGGUUUCUCGCUCCGUGGUAUGUAUGGACCUUCAACUGCCAACUAAACGGCGCCCCACAGAAGUAAAUAUGCGGCUAGUGUCGUCCAAGUGAGAGAAGCCCGAGUUCGGAUUGGAGUGGGUUUCUCCGAUCCGAGGGGGAAGCUCCGUUUGUUUUGGCUGCAGCGGGGGGCCGAGGAGUGUAAACACAGCAAAGCAAAGUCUACUGCUUGCUGUGUGAUCUCCUUGAGAGUGGAUCUGCCGAGCUGAGAGUCCCUCUGAACGGCAGGAAGCCUCCCUUAGCGGCGGUGCGACGAUGACAGAGCUGGUUGCCAAGUGGGCCUGUGAAUACUGCACAUACGAGAACUGGCCAUCAGCCAUCAAGUGCACCAUGUGCCGCGCUCAGAGGCCCAGCGGGGGUGCCAUCAUUACUGAGGAGCCCUUCAAGAGCAGCCCUGCCCUGGAUGCCAGUCUGCAUCAGUGGGACCCUGCAGGCCUUAGCAACAGCCCAUCUCAGGGGGGAUCCAGCCUACUCAUUUGUCCAGACUCCAGUGCCCGACCCCGCGUUCGCAUUGCUGACGUACCUGAGACUAGUAGCAAGUGGUCGUGUCACAUGUGCACCUACCUGAACUGGCCUCGGGCUAUCCGUUGCACACAGUGCCUGUGUCAGAGGCAACAGGCUCAACAACAGCAGCAUGGACAGCAUGCAACCCAUCAAGGACAUCAUACCCAGCAGCCACGCAGCCCCACAGAAUCACCCCAGACCUCAGGCUCUGGAUGCCGCCCUACUCUCCCCGCCGCCACUACAGACCCUUGUGAGGAAUAUAAUGACCGUAACAGGCUCAACACCCAUACACAGCACUGGACCUGCACUGCAUGCACUUAUGAGAACUGGGCCAAGGCACUCAAGUGUGUUGUGUGUGAUCAUCCUAGGCCCAAUAGUCUGCUAGCUGAACCUAUUGAACUGGCAUCAGAGCCUGAGAGCCAACAACCAUCCUCAAAACUCAAUGAACAGGACAGGGACAACAGGAGGGGUGUAAUUGGGCAUGUGGUUGGGCAAGGAGUUGGAGGUGUGGUAGGUGGUGUCGGGGGAUGUAGCAGCAGCCAGAGAAGGUCACCGCCAACGUCAAAACAGGAGUCAGAGGUGAACAUGGACUUUCAGAGGAUUGAACUGGCAUCAGGGGCUGGGGUUGGGAGCAAAGAGGAGCUCGAGGUGGAUUUCAAAAAACUGAAACAGAUUAAGAACAGGAUGAGAAGGACUGACUGGCUGUUCCUCAAUGCAUGUGUCGGUGUCGUAGAAGGUGACCUGGCAGCUGUGGAAGCCUACAAGUCGUCAGGAGGGGACAUCGCACGACAGCUAACAUCAGACGAGGUGCGCCUAUUAAAUCGGCCCUCGGCAUUUGAUGACGGCUUCACGCUGGUUCACCUGGCAAUCCGCUUCCAGAGACAGGACAUGCUGGCAGUGUUACUCACUGAGGUCUCCCAACAGGCAGCCAAGUGUAUUCCAGCCAUGGUGUGUCCUGAGCUGACAGAGCAGAUUCGUCGUGAGGUAGCGGCUUCCCUUCACCAGCGCAAGGGCGACUUUACCUGCUAUUUCCUCACUGACCUGGUGACCUUCACCCUACCUGCAGACAUUGAGGACUUGCCCCAAGCAGUUCAGGAAAAACUGUUCGAUGAGGUGCUGGACCGAGACGUACAAAAAGAACUUGAAGAGGAGUCUCCCAUCAUCAACUGGUCCCUGGAGCUCGGCACCAGGUUAGACAGUCGACUGUAUGCUCUGUGGAACCGGACGGCUGGGGACUGCCUCCUUGACUCUGUGCUGCAGGCUACAUGGGGCAUCUACGACAAGGACUCUGUUCUCCGCAAGACCCUCCACGACAGUCUGCACGACUGUUCUCACUGGUGA